AUGAAUUACUUCCCUAUAGUUUCUUUUGAUGGUCUUCUACUUGCUGGUUAUCAUCGACCAUCAAAAUAUGCCAAAUAUCCACGUGCUCUAUUAAUUCUUAUACAUGGUCUUGCUGAACAUAGUGGCCGAUAUGAACAUUUAAUUGAUUAUUUUCAUGAUAAUAAUUUUGCAAUAAUUGCAAUGGAUCUUCGUGGUCAUGGUCAAAGUGCUGGAAAACAUGGAUUUAUUCCAACAUCGGAAGCGGUUUAUAAUGAUUUGGAUAGAUUAUUAAGAGAAGCAAGAACAAGAUAUCCAUCAUGUCCAGCUAUACUUUAUGGACAUUCAAUGGGUGGAUGUAUAGUAUUAUCAUAUACACUCAAUCGAUUUCCAAAUAAAACAGAUAAAUGUCCAUAUCAAGCUGUAAUAGUUUCAGGUCCUUGGAUUCGUCUUGCAGGAUCACUUCAACCGCCACGUCCUGUUUUCAAAAUAAUUCGAACAGUAUGUCGAUUUCGGCCAUCUUUAAAUGUUCGACUUCGAUUUGAUCCACAUAGAAUAACACGUGAUGAAACUAUUAUUCAUUCAUAUGGACAAGAUAAUUCUAUACGUCGUUCAGCAACAUUAUCACUUGCUCAUAGUAUAGGUGGUGUUGCAUCUAAACUUGAUCGAGCAAGUUGUAGAUUUCAUAUCCCAGUUUUAGUUCAACAUGGUCAUGCUGAUUCAAUAACUAGUCAUGAUGCAAGUUUAAAAUUUUCUGAACGAGGAGAAAAUAUUGAUUUUAAAAGUUGGCCAAAUUGUUUUCAUGAAUUACAUAGUGAACCCGAACGAGAGGAAAUAUUUAAUUAUACAUUAGAAUGGAUACAAAAGAGAGUUUUUCUUACGUAA